AUGUCGUCCCCUUAUGAUCCGAGAAAGAGAGACAGCGGGGCAGAGGAGCAGCAAAUAGAGAGGCGAGGAGCGCCGGAGGCGGCAGCGAUUGCGGAGGAUCGAGGAGCAUCGGCUAGAUGCUCGAUCGACGGCGGAGAUGUGAGAAAGCAGACCAGCGGUGUGAAUCAGCCUGCAUCGCGCACUAGCAGCGGAAGGUCGGAAAGCCGCGCGGAAAUCCUCCCCCGCAGCGGAAGCGGAAGCUUUCAGGGGGAGACGGGGCUUGUGCGGAGCGCAAGCAAGGGCGAGGACGUGGCGGCGCACGGAAACGCGCUUGCGCUGGUCCCCGUGGGCGGAGGGUGGGGGGAGAUGCUGAACCAGAUGCGCGGCGGAGCGGGGGGCCUGAUGGUUCCCGCGGCAAUGGCGCAAGAAAGCUCGGACGUGGUCAUGGGGAUACUGUGGAAGUGGGUCAAUCUCGGGCGCGGCUGGGGCAUGCGACUGUUUGUCCUGGAAGGAGGUGCUCUGUCCUUCUUCAAAUUGGACGGUCCAGAUAAGGCCAUCGUGCUUCACGAGCUGCAGCGGCGGCCGGGCGCGCGACUGAUCGGCGACGAGAUUCGUCGCUACGUGCGAAUCGAGCGCGAGAACGGCGUGCUGGCGACGUCGCUGGGCGUGCUGGGCGACAGAACGCCGCACGGGCAGAUCGAGCUCCACGUGUCAACCAUCCGCGCGAGCACGACGGACAACCGAAAGUUUUACGUGUUUGGGCACAGAACGCUGGGGCUUAGGACGGAAUCCAAAGCAGGGCGGGCGCUUUGGAUGGAAGCCAUAGAAAACGCGCGCGUGAACCUAAUUAAGAGGCUCCACGCGGCGCCGAAUAAGGUGGACGUGUCGUCGCACGUGUGCUUCGACGCGGUUAGGGCGUACAUGCAGCGGAGUGGGGUGGAAGAGGAGGUUAUAAGUGGCGUGGAGGAGAUGGUUCGGCGGAAGGUGGUGGUACGUCUAGAGACUAAGUUAAGGGAGGAGCAGAGGAAGCGGCUGCAGCUGCUGACGCUGCUGCGGCAACUCGAGGCGGAGAAGGUGGAGCUGGAAACGGCAGUGGUGGACGAGAAGAGGCAGCAGGGCCAACCCAGCAGCAGCGCCAUGCUUCCGGGCGAGGAGGACGACGAUGCAGACAGCACGUUUAACGACGACGAUGGGGACGACGGGGGGGGCGACGAGUCGUUGGGCGAGGAGGACGACGAUGCAGACAGCACGUUCAACGACGACGAUGGGGACGACGAGGGCGACGACGACCCAGGAGCGCGAGGCGGCGGGGGGGCGCGGAAGGAGCCGCGGCUGACGUCGACGGUGCGGGACACGGACGAGGACGAGGGGGACACGGACAGUGACUGUAACGACGAGUUUUACGAGGCGAUGACGGAGUUUGCUGGACAGGGCAUGGUGAAACGCGUGCUGGAUAUCGAAGAGGUGGGGUUCAGCUACCCGCACGUGCCGCGGAGAUCAAAACUCCCCGACCCGGAGGAGGAGGAGAAGCCGCUGAACCUGUGGUCCGUGCUCAAGGAGUGCAUGGGCAAGGACAUGUUCAAGGUCUCCUUGCCUGUCAGCUUCAACGAGCCGCUCAGCUCGAGCCAGAAAUACCUCGAGAUGCUCGAAUACUCGUGGCUGCUGGAUAGAGCUGCGGAGUACGGCCGAAGGGGCAACCGGUUGAUGAGAGCAGCACACGUGGCGGCAUUCGCAGUCUCACGAUAUUCAGGCAACGAUGGGCGCAUGCACAAGCCCUUCAAUCCGCUCCUGGGGGAGACCACCGAAGGGGACUACCCUGACAAGGGCAUCCGUUACAUUUCAGAGUCGGUGGUGCACUAUCCUCCAAUGAUAGCCUGGCACGUGGACGGCACAGGGUGGAAGUUCUGGGGUGACGUGUGCCCCAAGAUUCGAUUCUGGGGGCCGUCCAUCCAGCUGGACCCUGUGGGCGUGCUGACUGUGCAGUUUGACGACGGGGAGACGUACGAGUGGAGCAAUGUGACCGUGCUGAUUCAGAACCUCAUUCUGGGGAAGCCCUUUGUGGAGCACUAUGGCACCAUGCGCAUCAAGGGCAACCGUGGGUACUCUGCCCGCCUGCGCUUCAAAGAGCGCUCCACCUUUGAUAGGAACCCGCACCAGGUGCGGGGGCUGGUGCAGAACGAGGCAGGGGACGAGCAGGGGACGCUGAUGGGGCGGUGGGACCAGCACGUGCACUAUGUGCCGGGGGAUCUGACGAGCAAGACAGCCAAGGAGGAGAGCGAGGUGCUGGCCACGGCGCAGCUCAUCUGGAAGAAGAACCCUGUGCCGCCCAACACCAAGUACAAGUUCACGCCCUUCACCAUCACGCUCAACGAGCUCACCCCCUCGCUCAAGGAAUGUCUGCCCCCCACGGACUCGCGGCUGAGGGAGGAUCAGAGGGCUCUGGAGGAGGGGCGGUACGACUUUGCCAACCAGGAGAAGUGCCGCCUCGAGCAGCGCCAGCGCAAGGCGCUCAAAGACGGGGAACCAGGGUGGGGCCCACGGUGGUUCAAGCCCUCGGGGCCUAACAACACAUGGCGGUACACUGGGGGUUACUGGGAGCGACGGGAGAAGCGGGACUGGUCCGGUGUGCUGGACAUGUUUGCACCGGAGGAGACCGAUGGCGAUGCUAACAAGGCGUAA